AGCACCCAGCACCCAGUCCCCGCCGCCGCCCCCCUCAAGAUCAUUCAAAAUGAGUCACCGUAAGUACGAAGCUCCUCGCCACGGCUCGCUCGGUUUCCUUCCCCGCAAGCGUGCGGCGCGUCACCGCGGGAAGGUUAAGGCGUUCCCCAAGGACGACCCCAAGAAGCCCGUCCACUUGACUGCUGUUAUGGGUUACAAGGCGGGUAUGACCCACGUCGUUCGUGACCUCGACCGUCCUGGCUCCAAGAUGCACAAGCGUGAAAUUGUUGAGGCCGUUACCAUCAUUGAGACUCCCCCCAUGGUCGUCGUCGGUGUCGUCGGUUACGUCGAGACUCCCCGCGGCCUCCGCACCCUCACCACCGUCUGGGCUUCCCACCUUUCCGACGAAGUCAAGCGCCGGUUCUACAAGAACUGGUACCGUUCGAAGAAGAAGGCCUUCACGCGCUACGCCAAGAAGGCCGCCGAGGACGGCGGCAAGUCCGUCGCACGCGAGCUUGAGCGCAUCCGCAAGUACUGCACGGUCGUCCGCGUCCUCGCGCACACCCAGAUCCGCAAGACGGGUCUCGGGCAGAAGAAGGCGCACCUCAUGGAGAUCCAGGUCAAUGGCGGGUCUGUUGCGGACAAGGUCGAGUUUGCGCACGGUCUGUUCGAGAAGCCGAUCGAGGUCGGCAGCGUCUUCGAGCAGGACGAGUGUGUCGAUGUUAUUGCCGUCACCAAGGGUCACGGUUUCGAGGGUGUGACGCACCGUUGGGGUACCAAGAAGCUGCCUCGCAAGACGCACAAGGGUCUCCGCAAGGUCGCUUGUAUCGGUGCAUGGCAUCCUUCGAAGGUCAUGUACUCUGUUGCCCGUGCCGGUCAAAACGGUUACCACCACCGUACGGAGCUCAACAAGAAGAUCUACCGCAUUGGGUCUGGUACCGAUGAGGGCAACGCCUCCACCGAGCACGACGUCACGAAGAAGGCCAUUACGCCUAUGGGUGGCUUCCCCCACUACGGUAUCGUGAAGAACGACUUCCUCAUGGUCAAGGGCUCCAUCCCGGGUACUAAGAAGCGUGUCAUCACCAUCCGCAAGUCGCUCAUGGUCCACACGUCUCGCCGGGAUCUCGAGAAGGUCUCCCUCAAGUUCAUCGAUACCUCGUCCAAGUUCGGUCACGGUGCUUUCCAGACGUUCGAGGAGAAGGCGGCGUUCUUGGGUACUCUCAAGCCUCGGGCUUAAAAGUACUUUGUGUUCCCUCUUUACGUCCUAUGCGUCUACUGUUGUAUUGCCCAUGCUAUGCCUACGUACUGCCAAUGAGACCUUUGGUUGCUAGUACCCAUAUGCAAUUCGAGGCUUUACUUC